GGUAGCCGGACGCUUUGCGCCGGAAGGUCCGAGGUCUCUGCGGAAGGAUGGAGGGGGAGCGCGUUCGCGUGCCUCGGCUCGCGGGCGUCUCUGCAGAGCACUUUACACAGCACCUCUACCCGCAGGUGGGAAGCGAGGGGAGACUCGUCCGAACCUUUCCGGCGGCCCCAGACGCGAGAAAGCCUCUUGUGUUGAAAGGACUUGAUCUGGGGCCAUGUACAAGCAAAUGGACAGUGGAUUACCUAAGCCACGUUGGAGGGGCAAGAGAGGUGAAGAUUCACGUUGCCACAGUUGCACAGAUGGACUUCAUUAGUAAGAACUUUGUAUAUAGAACUUUACCUUUUAACAAGUUGGUCCAGAGGGCAGCUGAAAAGAAGCAUGACGAAUUCUUUAUUUCAGAGGAUGAGAAGUACUACUUACGGUCACUUGGAGAGGAUCCUAGAAAGGAUGUUGCAGAUAUCAGAAAGCAGUUUCCUCUGUUAGAAGGCGAUAUUAAGUUUCCAAAAUUCUUCAAGGAGGAGCAGUUCUUCUCUAGCGUUUUCCGAAUUAGUUCACCUGGAUUACAACUUUGGACGCACUAUGAUGUGAUGGAUAACCUCUUAAUACAAGUGACAGGAAAGAAGCGCAUUACACUGUUCAGUCCUCGUGAGGCCCAGUAUCUGUAUCUGUCAGGUUCUAAAUCGGAAGUGCUAAACAUUGAUAAUCCAGACUUGGCUAAAUAUCCACUCUUCUCCAAGGCGAGAAGGCAUGAAUGUUUGCUUGAAGCUGGUGAUGUGUUGUUCAUCCCCGCUUUAUGGUUCCACAAUGUAAUUUCUGAAGAGUUUGGAGUGGGAGUGAAUGUCUUUUGGAAGCACCUUCCGUCUGAGUGCUAUGACAAAACAGAUACCUACGGAAACAAAGACCUGACAGCAGCAUCAAGAGCUGUGCAGAUUUUGGACAGAGCCCUGAAAACACUGGCUGAAUUACCAGAGGAAUACAGCGACUUCUAUGCUCGGAGGAUGGUCUUACACAUUCAAGACAAAGCCUACAGCAAGAACUUGGAGUAAAUAAGGAAGUAAACGCAGUGAAUAUAAACCUUACAAUGAAAUUUAGUUGAAAUAUCGGAAGGGAAUAACAAAUAUCGGAAGGGAAUAACAAGAUUGAUGCUUUGUUAAGACUGGAACAAUAACUCAGUCUCAGAUUUGCAUAUUAAAUAGGCACGUGGGUGGGUGUUUUCGUGGGUUCUGCUAGCUGCAGAUUCACAAGUAAAGAAUGCUGUGCUGAGACCACUGUUCAGUUUUAAGAUGCAAAUAACAAAAUUCAGCUUAAAGUGACUUAAAUAAAAUAUAUUGAAUCACAGUCCACAGUGUCUGCUAGGCGUCAGUGUUUUCAGUCCGGUGACUCAGUGAUGUCAUCAGAAACUUUUUUCCAGUUCCCCCCACAGCACUGGCACAUCUGAGGCCAGCUGCCCUUGUCCUGGAUGGUGGCCAGUAGCAGUCAGGGCCUUGCGCGUCUUCAUUUGCAUGCAGCGUACGAGCCUGGCCGCGUCCCAGGGACCUGGCCUGGCACAAGAGCACUUUCCCAGGACUGCCACUGAGUCCUUGGGGCCCACUGCUCUCAGAGGUCAGACCCGCCCAGCCCUAGCUGGUCAUGGCAGAGGGCCUGAAAUGCGCCUUAGGCUAGUCAGGCCUGUGGGCACUGGAGUGGAUGCCUGCUUGAAGACAUGAGUAGAGAAGAGGGCAGAGUGGGCCCUCUGUUUCAGAAACGGGGUUCUGAUAGCAAAGGGAAAAGGGUUGUGCCCCUGAGAGCAGUGUCACCUACAUUUGCCUGUACUCAGAAUCUUUUGAGGCAGUUUUAAAGAUGCAGACACCAGGCUCCAACCACGUAGACUGGCAGAGCAGGUACGGAACUGGUACACGUACACAGCAGACUUCCCGGGGUGUGUGGGUGCAGUCGGGACAGUCACUGGAUUGCACGGUCGUGACUUGGAUUAGAGUUGUGAUUUGUCCACAGCAAAUGUUUGCUCUGGUUCUGGUUUUUCCUGCUACCCAAGAUGUCUGCUAUUUUUGUUAGAGAAUACAUCAGUUGUAGAUUAUAGCCAUGUCUAAACUGUAGCCUAAUUAAAGUUUUUCCCCGAAAUACUUUUUCAUCUAUUCCUUUUUAAAAGAAAUGUUUUUCAUUUUAAGGAUAAAUGAGCUCGAGAGCCUAAGAAUGAUACUGUCUUGAAGACAACGAGCCGCUGUGUAGGGAUCUGUGCUGCCGUCUUACACUCCUUACACUCACAUCACCAGCUAGGGCCCCAGAGCAGACGCGCACUCCAGACAGCCUCUGCGCAUCCUCCGGGUGCAGUGUGGUCAUGAAGGAAGUCAUCCCCGACGGCAGCCCCCUCAUUUGUGUCCGUGUUUGUGGUUGGGUUAACUUCAGGCAUAGAAGAGCAAAUUACAGUAAACGAGAAAGGAAGAGUAUAUUAAAAAUUCUUACUUUUCUAAGCGUCCUGGGAGAUACUGAAAUUAUUGAGAUCAGCAAAGGUUAGAAAGUCAGAAAGGAAUUGUUUCAAUGUAUUAGCUAUAUCUGACUAUCCGGUUUUGAUCUUUGGCUACUUAGGUUACAUCAAAAACUUCUGUAGAUUCCUUUAGUUCAGGAGGGAAAAGGACCUCUUAGUUUGCACAGUAUAGUCAGCUUUUAAUAAAAAUCCUUGUUUUUUCCUUAACCAGUAAAAGAAUGGGUGCAAAGUGUAAGUCCAGAGUUCUGUAGAAAACGUGCACAUAAAAUAGCUACAGUUGGUCUACUCAAUGUUCAUUUUCUUUUUUUUUUUUCAGUGUUCGUUUUCAUUCAGUGUGGUUAGUGAGGAAGCGAACUGGGCACUCUUGGGUGAGUUAAAUAACCUGAGAGGCCUGUUUUCCUCAACUUUAAAGUGAAACUGCAUAGGCUCGCUGCGGGAAUCCCCAGGAGACAGCUGGCAGCCGUGUAGUGGGCCCAUUUAAUGUGUUCUUUCUUUGCUGAGAGCUGAGGUAGCUCCUCUUGCAGUAUUAAGUAUUUAGAAAGCUAUAAACGAACACUUUGGGAUGUUUUAAAAUUAUUUCCCUGGGUAAACUUUAAAAUCAAAAUAUUUUAUCUCUGGGUUAGGGCCAAAUAAAAUACAUGAUACAUGUUUCAUGCAACUUUUCAGGGAUUCUGAAUCUUACUGUUGGAAGGAAUUUUAAAUUACCUAAUUAAUCCAGACUGCAGGUGCAGACAGGUGGGACGGAAAUGGAUCAGAGUUCUGGUGACUGUGGGUAACUCCUUUCUCCCUGUGUGCAGCACACCUCUGACACUUCUGAACAGGUCAUGCAUAGCUUUUCUUGGGCUGGAGUACGGAGCCUGACAACAUGCACAAGGGAAUUUUUUCUUUCCCAGCAAAACUCACUGCACUGCUUACUAGAUACACAAGGAUUCAAAAUAAAACUAAUGAACGAGUAAAUGGUAGACUAUAAUAUGAGAACAGUACGACAGUGCCAAAGAGUAAGGCGGAAGUGGAUGUUACAGCAUGGAAUUUUUCUAGUGUGACUACAUGUGAUAUGAAAAUAAGUCAUGGUAGCUAAACAUUUCUUUACACAGGCUGUCGCCAGUGAUAGUCGCUGCCUGUGUGAAGAGGCUGCACAGCCAGGUGGGGAGAUGAAUCUGCAGUUUGAUUUGAAUUUCUGCUCAUGGUCAUGUCGUGUCUGGAGCAUCAUAAUCCCCUUUCAUGGACAGUAUUUUAGUACUUGAGUACGCUGGAAUGCUGAUCAGGAAUUUCAAACUUCAUUCCUGAAGUAUCAAAAGAAACAGUAAACACAGGUUACUCUGUAGCCUUCCAUCCUUUUGAAGAUUUGUGAACACUCGGAAGGAACCUACUAACAAAGCUUCUGUUACCUGUUAAAUCAGCAGACAUGGAAGCUGAACCUGAGAUGACCAGAAAACAUUUUUAAGAAUGCAGCAAGUUUCGAGGCAGACCUGGAUGGAACAGAUCUGUAACAGUUCCCCCUUCAGUGCUAGACAUGAUCUGGGGGAACUAACAGAUCGGGUCGUCCUGCUUUGAGCACAUGGGCCCUAAGUGCUGGGAGCUUUUAACACACCUAGAAGUAACUACUAGAAUGGUCAUCCCAAGUCACUCCCUCAACCUGCUAACUGGUGAAUAAGCUGCUGGUCCUCUCUGCCUUCGUGAGGUGCAGUGUGAGUUCCACGUAUCUCCUAAUGCACAUUUUUCAACUUAAAGGCCCUGUCCCUUUGUCCUUGCUGAGACUCCACAUCCAACACCCACACUCGGAGGGGUUUAUUCUGGUCAUUUAUGGCGUGCGGUGGCUAGCUCCAGGCAGAAAGGGCAGGUGAAAAGGCCUGAGCAGGGCAAAGCUGCUCAGGCCCUGGCAGUCAGGAAACAGAGCAACCAGGAGGGAGAUAAACCCAGGUUGCGCCUCAGUGGCUCCCUCCAUCCAGGCCCCACAUCCUUAAAGCACAUUUAGCUGAGCCCCAGAUCAAUCAGAUUUCAGCAGCCCUACCUACAAGUGCCUGAGGCUUUGAGGGGAAAAGUAGAGACAGAGGUAACAAGCCCUCAGAGAACUACACGAGUGGCUUUCUUAUGAACACUACCUGGUUUCACAUCUGCCCCUUUCUACACAUUUCCAGACUAACGUCCUGAGACUUCGUGCUGUGUCCUCAUUGCCUAGACCAGUGAUGGCAAGCCUUUUAGAGCUUUCAAUAACAGCUGGCUGCAGGACGUGUGCCACAGGUUCACCACCAUUGGCCUAGACCCUCCUGCAUCUGGUGGGUGUUCAGAUACGGAAAGAAAUGAAACAUGGAUCACCAGAUUCUAACCAAGAUUUUUAAGGAGCUACAGGAAUACAGAUAUCCAAAAUGACUUGCAAAGAAAAAGAAUAACUUAUUUGCUAAGAGACUUUGUUCUCUAGGAAACCCACCAGAAGAAAUUGAUACAAUGUGCAUUCUGAGUAAUAGAAAAUGAGUCAGGCAUAGUUUCACACGCCUAUAAUCACAGCACUUAAGAGGCUGAGGCAGGAAGACUGCUGUGAAUUUGAGGCCAGCCUGAACUAUACAGUGAGACCCUGUGUCUAAAUAAAGAGAUAUGCUUCUACGGAAGAGAUGGUCAAAGUUGCACAAGUGAAAAACAUGUUAUGUUAAUGAAAAUACAAUAGAAAAACUGACAAUGUCGAAGUACCUUUUCCAUUAUCAAUCUGAAGUCUUAAUAAAAAACAUCCAAACACUUCUCUAGAUUAACUUUAAUACAAUUAUACAUUCAUGCUGUGGCGGUAACAACUUUCACAUUAUUCUUAGGACUUUUUUCAACUGACUCAUCACAAAGGCACAGUCCAAGAGGAUACACUGACAUUCACAAUCACGGUUUAGAACAGAAACAAAAAGGACCUAUCCCUGUAAACAGAAACCACUUGAGUAUGUAUCAACUUGCAUGUAUUUUCCUUAUGGAGAUAUUCUUCCUUCUAAGCAGUCUCACUUUGAUGUGAUGGCAGGUCUAGGACUACUAAUAUCCAUUCAAGAUAUGACAGUUACAGUAAAGCAUUUACAGGACUGGAUGGCUGAAGAACUCAGGUUUUUAAGUAUCUCAGAUUUUAAAAAACGACUCUUCUGUUAAAAGUCCUAACUGUUCAUUUCAGUUUACCCUGUGAAGAUAAACCCCUUUCCCUAGAUACACUUCAGUUUCUUUUCGGGGGCAGUGUCACGGAGUCUAGGCAGGCGCUCUGCCGUGAAGCCACAUCCUCGGCUCCCACAGGUCAGUUUACCCAAGGAUGAAACAAACCGCAGCAAACCACCCAAUCACCACGCUUAAAGCGAAGUUCUUCGUAACAUGUUCGAAUCACAUAGAUUAUUUAUACGUGGGGGAGUCUUUGGUCUCAAAAGAGCGAGCAGGUAUUUAAAGAAAAUGGAGCAAUAUGAAACUACUUUGUCUUAGACGAACUUGGGUACUUUUCUGUAGUUUACAGAAUUAAGUGCUAACUUUUAAGCAUCUGGUUAAGAAUCUCAUGUUUCUGAACACUACACUUGGAAUGCAUUUAUAGUCAUUAAGUUAAAAGAACCAAGAAAUUAACAUUUUUAUUUUAUGUUUAACGAAGUUUAGCUCCUCUGGGUCACUCAGACUAAUGCGUCUUUAGUGUCUUAUUUUUUCAGUCCUAAAGCAGCAUGUUAUUUCCCUGCUUAUUUUAUGACCUGUGAAAGCUAAUUAUUAAUAAAGUAUAAAAAAAGAGACCCCUUUGAUCACACAGCUAUAUUUCAGGAUUGGCUGAAACUGGGUUUUUAAGAUGUAUUUAUCUAGGUCAAGAAAACCAGGCAGAAGGAAACUUCACCGAAUCAUGUAGCAGUGUUAAGCAUAUUCGAUUUCUGAGCCAAAAUUAAAUCAUUUGUGUCUUCAAACUUUCCCUUUUAACUUUUCUUAUAGCACUGUAAUUUUGCAUUUUGGCCAAACAGAGCUCUUUUCUUUUGGCAGACAAAAUCAUGCUUCUGGAAAAACUGAUUUAGAUCCAUGGAAUCUGUCUUCUUUGCAAUAGAGCACUAACAAAGCAUUAUAUAUUUAUUUUACCUGAGUUGCUCUCUUUCAAAAGACUGAUCCAAUGAAAACCUGAAAUCUGCUCUGUCCUAUAUUUUUAUUCAAUAUAUAUAUUUUUACUUAACCAAUUUUCAGGAACUGAAUAAACUCAAAACUUAAGCCAUGAUACUUAAAUGUAAAAUGUUUUAAAAACCAAUUUUAUACUACAUGUUCUUGGGCAUUUGGAAAUAAAACAUAUUUUGGCUCUCAAAAACAA